CUUGAGUGAUGGUGUAUGUAAAGCCCGCUCGGAAAUUUAAUUUUGGCUUGCAAAAAAUCAAACAAGCGACUCAAAAUAAAUUGGAGCACUUGUGGGACAAGGUACCACAAUAAUUGGGAACAUGACCGAGAGUCUAUCACUAACUCGGACUAACUCAAAAUUAGUCAAUAGUGGGGAAAAAAACCUUCUUGCCCGUAAAUCUAAAACAACCCAAUAAAUGUCAUUUUCAAAACUCAAUUAUUAAUUCUCAUGCCGCUGCGCAAACUAGUUCAUUGCGGUGUUUAUAACCUCGUAUGAUAGGACAGCCAUAAACCGAGGAAACCCUGCAAUUGUGAAUCAAACACACUUUCACUGUGCCAGUUUGUGUUAAUGAAAGGCGCACACAAGCCAACAACUUGAAUACCUUCUACUCCAGAUUUGAAAAGGACACUUUCACACCCCACACCCACCCAGCCACAUCACCGACCACAAUCACACCUCUGACUUCUGCAUUAACCAUCCACGAACAGGAUGUGAGACGCAUCUUCAAACAACAAAAGAUUAACAAAGCGGCAGGCCCAGACCAUGUGUCCCCAUCCUGCCUCAAAGUCUGCGUGGACCAGCUCGCUCCAGUCUUCACACAGAUCUUCAAUAGAUCUCUGGAACUGUGCGAAGUACCAUCCUGUUUCAAACGCUCCACCAUCAUUCCAGUCCCCAAGAAACCUACAAUCUCAGGUCUAAAUGACUACAGGCCCGUCGCCUUGACAUCUGUGGUCAUGAAGUCCUUUGAACGUCUCGUGCUUGACCACCUCAAGAGUGUCACACGUCCCCUGCUGCACCCCCUGCAGUUUGCCUACCGAGCAAACAGUUCUGCGGAUGAUGCAGUCAACAUGGGACUGCACUUCGUCCUAGAACAACUCGACAGUGCAGGGACCCGCGCGAGGAUCCUGUUCGUGGACUUGAGCUCAGCGUUCAACACCAUCAUCCCUGAACUCCGUUCCUCCAACUCAGCGUCUCGCCUGCCAUCUGCCAGUGGAUUUACAGCUUUCUGACGGGCAGGACACAGCAGGUCAGGCUGGGGGAGGCCACCUCAUCCACACGCAGAAUCAGCACUGGGGCGCCCCAAGGUUGUGUCCUCUCUCCGCUGCUCUUCUCUCUCUACACGAACGUCUGCACCUCAACGGACCUGGCUGUCAAACUCCUGAAGUUUGCAGAUGACACCACCCUCAUCGGCCUCAUCAAAGACUGUGACGAGUCUGCAUAUCGAGAAGAAGUGGAGCGGCUGGAGCUGUGGUGUGGCCGACACAACCUGGACCUGAACACGCUCAAGACUGUAGAGAUGAUCGUGGACUUCAGGAGGCAAUCCUUCGCCACAGCUGCCCAUCACGCUGUCCAGCUGCCUUGUCAACCUUCGAGACCUUCAAGUUCCUGGGAAUUAGAGUCUCUCAGAACCUGAAGUGGGCGAUCAUAAUCAACUCCGUCCUCAAAAAGGCCCAGCAGAGGAUGUACUUCCUUUGGUUUCUGAGGAAGCACGGCCUGCCACAGGAGCUGCUGAGGCAUUUCUACACAGCGGUCAUUGAAUCAGUCCUGUGUUCUUCCAUCACAGUCUGGUUUGGUUCUGCUACAAAAAAGGACAAACUCCGACUGCAACGGACAAUCAAAACUGCUGAAAAGAUUGUCGGUACCCCCCUACCCACCCUUGAGGACUUGCACGCUGCCAGAACUAAGACAAGAGCGUGCAAAAUCCUCUCGGACCCUCCACAUCCUGCUCACCAGCUCUUCCAGCUCCUUCCCUCAGGUGAGAUGAACAAUGGCGUCAAGAAGGAAAACCCUGCGGCGAAGGAAAAUGUCGUUAGAACCUGGAAUAACGACGAGCUCAAAAUGCAUGCUUUUUCACAUUCCCUGAACGCGCCCGGGAUGAGGGAGGAGGAUGAGCCUGAGGAGGAGGAAGAGGAGGAGUUGGGUCAUGCGGAGACUUAUGCAGAGUACAUGCCAAUGAAGUUGAAAGUUGGCCUGCGGCAUCCCGACCCAGUAGUGGAGACCAGCUCCCUGUCCAGCGUGAGCCCGCCGGACGUGUGGUACCGCCUGUCCAUCCCGGAGGAGGUGAUCGAUCGCGGCUGCCUGUCGGCUCUGCAGCUGGAAGCCAUUACGUAUGCCGCCCAGCAACACGAGACGUUCCUGCCCAGUGGCGACCGAGCGGCCUACUUGAUCGGCGACGGCGCCGGUGUGGGCAAAGGCCGCACCAUCGCCGGGAUCAUCUAUGAGAACUACCUCCUGGGCAGGAAGCGAUCACUUUGGUUUAGUGUUUCCAAUGACUUGAAGUAUGACGCAGAGCGAGAUUUGAGGGACAUCGGAGCCAAGAACAUUCAGGUCCAUUCCCUGAACAAGUUCAAGUACGGCAAGAUCUCCUCCAAACACAACGGCAGCGUGAAGAAAGGUGUCAUCUUCGCCACCUACUCUUCGCUGAUCGGAGAGAGCCAGUCGGGCGGCAAGUACAAGACCAGGUUUGAGCAGCUGCUCCACUGGUGCGGCGAGGACUUUGAUGGCGUCAUUGUCUAUGAUGAGUGUCACAAGGCCAAAAAUGUGUGUCCCAUUGGAUCAUCCAAACCCACAAAAACCGGACUGGCUGUGUUGGAGCUUCAGAACAAACUCCCCAAGGCUCGUGUGGUGUACGCCAGUGCUACAGGUGCUUCGGAACCAAGAAACAUGGCAUAUAUGAACCGCCUGGGCAUCUGGGGCCAUAAAACACCCUUUAAGGAGUUUGGGAACUUCAUUCAAGCAGUUGAGCGCAGGGGCGUGGGUGCCAUGGAGAUCGUCGCCAUGGAUAUGAAGCUGAGGGGAAUGUACAUCGCGCGGCAGCUGAGUUUCACCGGUGUAACGUUCAAGAUCGAGGAGGUCCCCCUGACUCAGCAAUACAUUCACAUGUACAACAAGUCCGUCAGGCUGUGGGUGAGCGCCCGUGAGAAGUUCCAGCAGGCGGCCAACCUGAUGGACGCCGAGCAGCGCAUGAAGAAGUCCAUGUGGGGCCAGUUCUGGUCAGCCCACCAGAGGUUCUUCAAGUACCUCUGCAUCGCCUCCAAGGUCCGCAGGGUGGUCCAGCUGGCUAGGGAGGAGGUCCAGAAUGGAAAAUGCAUUGUGAUCGGUCUGCAGUCCACCGGAGAAGCUAGAACUCUGGAGGCCCUGGAAGAAGGAGGUGGAGAGCUUAAUGACUUUGUAUCAACCGCAAAAGGUGUGCUGCAGUCCCUGGUGGAGAAGCAUUUUCCAGCUCCUGACAGACAAAAACUGUACACCCUGCUGGGCAUCGACCUCUCGGCCAAGAAGACCCCUUUGCCAAGUGACUCUGCAUCCCAGCAAAAGGGAAAGAAAAGAAAAGCACUGGAUAUCCAGACCAAACAGAAGAAGAAGCCUCGCAAGCACGGGGGACUGUCAGGCACCAGCUCUGACGAGAGCCAGUCGGAGGAGUCGGACAAAGACUCGGCCAGGGACGGGGACAGCGACGACAGCUUCAAGUCGGUCAGCUCGGCAGACGAGGACGACGACUUCAACCCGUUCAGAGAUGAGUCUGAUGGGGAAGACGAAGAUGAUCCCUGGCUCGUCAGAAAGGAGCCCAAGAAGAGCAAAGAGAAACAGAAGAAGAAAAAGUAUAGGAAGAGCAUCGAUCCCGACUCCAUUCAAAGUGCCUUGUUGGCGUCGGGCGUGGGCUCCACUAGACCAGCUUUCACCGCACCUGUCACCCCCACGCCUACAGCAGUCAAAGUAGAGCCCGAAGACAGCUGCCUGACGAGUCAGGACGCCGUGGAACACGCUCAGAAGAUGAAGAGGGACCUCCUGGAGAAACUUGAGGAGCUGGCCGAGGAGCUGCCGCCCAACACGCUGGACGAACUCAUCGACGAUCUGGGAGGACCUGAAAAUGUUGCUGAGAUGACUGGUCGCAAAGGCCGCGUGGUCAGCAACGACGACGGCACCAUAACGUACGAAUCUCGCUCGGAGCUGGACGUACCCGUAGAAAUCCUCAACCUGACUGAGAAGCAGCGCUUCAUGGAUGGGGAGAAGCACAUAGCCAUCAUCUCUGAGGCGGCCAGCUCGGGCAUUUCGCUGCAAGCCGACCGCCGGGUCAAGAACCAGCGGCGUAGAGUCCACAUGACGCUGGAGCUGCCGUGGAGCGCCGACCGAGCCAUCCAGCAGUUCGGAAGAACUCACAGGUCCAACCAGGUCACGGCUCCUGAGUAUGUCUUCCUUAUCUCCGAGCUGGCCGGCGAGCAGAGAUUUGCCUCGAUCGUGGCCAAAAGAUUAGAAAGUCUUGGGGCGCUCACGCACGGAGACAGAAGAGCAACAGAGACUCGAGAUCUCAGCAGGUUCAACUUUGACAACAAAUACGGCCGAAAUGCUCUGGAAAUCGUGAUGAAGUCGAUAGUGAAGCUCGACACGCCGCUUGUGUCCCCGCCCUCGGACUUUAAAGGAGAUUUCUUCAAAGAUGUUCAGAGAGGCUUGAUAGGUGUUGGCCUCAUUAAUCUGGAGGACCGAUACAACGCACUGUCGCUAGACAAAGACUAUAACAAUAUUGGGAAGUUCCUCAACCGAAUCCUUGGCAUGGAGGUCCACCAGCAGAACGCCUUGUUUCAAUACUUCUCCGACACGCUGGCGGCCGUCAUCCAGGAAGCCAAGCGGAGCGGCAGAUUCGACAUGGGCAUUCUCGAUCUCGGCUCUGGUGAUGAGAAGGUGAAGAAGAUGGACUGCAAGAAGUUCCUGACGCCGGGCUACACGGCAUCCGGCCACGUUGAGCUCUUCACGGUAAGCGUGGAGCGAGGGAUGUCCUGGGAGGAUGCAACGCACGCCUGGGCUGAGCAGAACGGACCAGAUGAUGGAUUCUAUGUGCAGUCACGGAACAACAAGAAGACGGCCAUCCUGGUGAAGGAGGUGAAUGCAAAGAAAAGACUCUUUCUGGUCUACCGGCCCAACACGGGCAGGCAGCUAAAGCUGGAGACGUACGCCGAAAUCAAGAAGAAGUUUAAGAAGGUCCUGUCAGAAGAUGCCAAGCAGCACUGGAACGAGCAGCACACAUCGUCGGCGAAGAUCUGUUCGCAUGCUUUCUGGCGGGGCAACUGUAGGAAGGCUUCGAUGGGGCUGCAGUGCGAGAUCGGCCUGCGCUGCCGCACGUACUACGUGCUGUGUGGCUCGGUGCUGAGCGUGUGGAACGAGUUGGAGGAGGUGCUCACGCCCGUCAGCGGCACCAACGUCAAGGUGCAGAUCGUACGCCUGCGCACCGAGGACGGCCAGCGGAUAGUCGGACUGAUCAUUCCGGCCAACUGCGUGUCGCCGCUGAUGCACAAGCUGUCCACGUCGGACCAGUUCCAGCAGCUGGCCGUGCAGGAGCAGCACAAGAGGCAGCAGCUGCACCCCCAAAGUCUGAGCCACGCAGCCAAUACAUAGUGGCAAGACGAGCGCGUCAAAGCGGACUGGUGUACAUACAGAGGAACUGUUUCAGGGUUUUUUUUUUUUUUUAAUUAUUAUUCUCUUAAUUUGGAAGACUCGCUAUCACCUCUCCUUCCGACGGGGGUGAUGUUUUUCGUCCUCUGACAUUCAGAGUGGAAGAUGCGCGACGGACACCCCGCCACACUGGAAACUGACCGCUACGUUACAAUCCAAGAAUAAACCCUUCAGACUUUAACGUUGAUCCUUGUUUCAUUUCCCGCGAUUCUCCUUCUCUGUCUGAGAAGCAUCCUGGCUGCGAGGAAUGUUUCGUUUGACGUACGCUACUCGGUACUCAAAAAAAGUUCGGGAUGUUGGGCAUUGGGUUGAAAUUCAAAAUAAAACUAAAAUGGACUGUAACCUUUAGAGGUUAACUUAAUUUCACCUUUAAAGUUUUGAAUGCCCGUCCAACUAUUCAGUAUAUUCGACAAGUAUGUUUUUUUAACACGGGAGGCGUGGGAGAUGCUCUCACCCAGCUCGUCUGUGAAAUUCAGAUUUGUAAACCACUGAUCCCUGUAGAUGGCUGCGUUGCAUCGCUCUGGAUUCCGCUGAGUUAUGGAGUAGAUUAUGAGGAAGAGAUGCCAACAUAGAAGUCGCACAGGUUUAUGCACCUCACACUUGAAGAAUAUAUGUAUGGUAUGAACAGUAUGUGUUGUGAUAAUAGAAAUUGUUGCGAGGGUGUGGAAAAAGUGACACAGCUCAUUGAGUGAGUGGCAAACUAUGGUCUUUGUGAGAACGGCAAGUUGUACUGAAACAUUCUACAGCUGGACAUUCAAAAGUUUAGAGAAUGUCAAAUUAAGUUUUGUGCAUGUUAGGUUCAUACUGAAACUUCACCCGAAAGCCAAAUAUCCCUAACUUUUUUUGUGAGUAGUGUCGUAAGCUUGUCAAACGGCAGCCUGCCUCAACAUUUAAAACUUACUUCCUGUCUUGACAAGUUGGAUGAAGUGUCGUAAAGUCUGCAUGGAAAAGGUUGAAACUCAUGACCUGUCCCCUUUUUGUUUUUUUGCCGUCUUCUUCUCAGGUCUUAGGACAUUACAGCUCAUUCCGUGGUCAAAGAUGUUCUCCCUCCCUGCCUUCUUUGUCAACCACUUGUGACCGAGAAGGACACCACCACAUCUGCUAGCGGACAAAUAAAUGAAAUGUUCUUGGUUGAGAGAUGCAACUCAAGCAAAUGUUGAUUUUUGUACAUUUUUGUAUUAAAAAAAAAAAGGGUGUCUUGGUAUUUAAAUGACCUGUUCAUAACCUCAAAGCUGUACUUCUAGUUUGGCCUUUAUGGAAAGCCGUUUGAGCAUUUAUUCGAUAUCUCUGAUCGCCAUCUUAGGUCCAUGUACUAGUAAACUGUUUGCUAACUGGUAAGACAUUUCAGUGCACCAGUACAGCUGUUACUAAUAAUUGCCCCCCCACCCACGCACCACUAUUAGCCUACUUGUACACGAUUAGACGUUACUAGUUAACUACUAGAUUCAACUAGUAGUUAUGUCACACUAUUAGCACCAAAAUACCCAAGGUAGUUUCACCUCAGUAAUGUAGUUGUCCUACUGGUGCAGAAAUGUCAUUUAGUCGAAAAAACAUUACUAGUAAGUGGUUCUACUACUCUGCCCUUGUUGUUAUACUUGUGCGUUCAAUUGUCUUUGUGGUGAGGACAAAGAGUGUACUAGUACAUGGACCUGAAGCAGGAUAAUUAUGGAGAGCUGUAUAAGAACUUAUACGGAUAUCCUUUACAUCCACCUUAGGAUCUAUGUAUUACUAUGUUCUUGGUUCUCAGUCGUAGGGCAACUGCAUCUUACUAGUGAGGCAAAACUGCACUAGUUAACAACUGUGCUACUACUACCUUAGCGAGAUUAAAUUCUAGUUAUUAACAUCUAGUGCUUGACCAGUACUGCGCCGUUGUCACAAUUUUGCCUCACCGGUAACAUAGUUAUCCUAGUAUGCCAAAGUUUUCCUAGUGAGGACGAGUGACCAUGAGCUAGGUAUCAAGUAUGUUGAAUACAUUUGCAACGCCCAAGUAGGGUAUUGAAUAAAUGCUCAAAUGACUUUUCACAGGCCUUGGGUGAUGUUGCGUUCAUGGUCUGUGGGGGGUUUGGAAUGUCAGCGAAAUCAUUUCUUGCUGACAACACUCAAUAAAGCUUGAUAUACAGUA